GCAAGCCUGCUAGUUCUGUCAGGCAAAGCAACGCCUGCUUUUCCUUCUCGCCUCCGCUAGCGUCGCCCGCGGGGGUGGCGACGGCAUUUAAGAAGGGCGCCCCACGAGCCCCGGCUGACACUGUAGGGACCGCACUCUCGUCUCUUCCUUGCAGCCGCUCUGCGCUCGCCCUCGCUUCUCCCCAGCCAGGAAGCCGCUGCUGCAAUGUCGGGCACCGUAGCAAGGCCUCUGUCGGGGCAAGUAUGCCUGGUGACAGGCGCCUCGCGGGGCAUUGGGAAAGGCAUCGCGUUGCAGCUGUCCGAGGCGGGCGCCACCGUUUACAUCACUGGCCGGCACCAGGAGACGCUGGAGAAAACGGCGGCCGACGUGCGAGUUCGGGGCGGGCGGUGCGUGCCGGUGGUCUGCGACUCUACCCGCGAAGAAGAGGUGGCGGCGCUGUUUGAGCGCCUCAAAGGGGAGCAGUCCGGCCGCCUGGAUCUCCUGGUCAACAAUGCCUUCUCUGGCGUGAGCGCGAUCGGCAAGCAGGCGGGCUCGGCCUUCUGGGAGUCAGACGCCAGUUUAUGGGACGACAUUAACAACGCGGGCCUAAGAGGCCAUUACAUCUUUUCUGUUUAUGCAGCCCGCCUCAUGGUGCCUGCGGGGCGCGGGCUCAUUGUUAUCGUCUCGUCGCCUGGUGGGCUGCGGUACAUGUUUGAUGUGCCAUAUGGUGUGGGAAAGGCAGGCUGCGACCGCCUAGCUGCUGACUGCGCAUUCGAGUUACGUCCCUUCGGUGUGGCCUGCGUGGCACUGUGGCCUGGCCUAGUCCGUACUGAAACCCUACAGAAGCAAGCCGAAAUCCGUUCUGAUGCUUUUUUCCAGACGCUGAAGGAAAAGUUGUCCAGUAUGGCAGAGAGCAUUGAAGUGAGCGGGAAGUGCGUGGUUGGCCUGGCUACAGACCCCAAGAUCAUGCGCCACAGUGGCAAGGUUGUGUUGAGCCCAGAACUUGCCCAGCGCUACGGGUUCAAGGACGUAGAUGGAAAGGACGUCUUCAACUACCUUUCAGUCCGUAAUAUCCUUACAGAACUGAUGCCCAAACUGUCUGGCUUGUUUCGCCUAAUUCCAGGGUUCAUUACAGUCCCUAAAUGGGUUCUUACCUUGUAUUCUAGUAAGUUCUCUGUGUAUCCACCAAUUCAGUCAGUUUCCCUUAAACCAACAAAAAAAGACUGAUUAUAUUGAUUGCACAAAGCACUUUGUCGGUAUCUUCUUAACUGCUUUUUAAUGCAUAAAAAUUUCUUCAGACUUGAAGCUUUCCUAUCUUGUGAACUGCUUACCUUUUCGUUUUACUCAUUUGCAGUUGAGGGCAUUUUCUAAUUUGAAGAUCACUUUGAGGCAGAAUUUGAAGUUGCUUACUCUGUGAAAACAUGCUUACUCACAAGCCUCACCAUGACAAUAGUUCCUUAAGGCUUGAUAGCACAAAUUCUUUCUGUGCUAUCUUUUUUCUUUGUAGCAAGAGCCAUAAAAUAGUAGCUGUUAACAGUUUUGUCAUAAUUCCAUAUUCUGUUAUUAACUGUAGAUUUGAAACAAUGGCAUAUGCCAUAAUUAUUAAUGUAUUUUAGCUAAUUUUCAUUCUACCAUUAAAUAUAUUUGAAUUAGCAGAUACCGGAAAA